AUGUCGAGAGAUGAUACCUCACUACAUUCCUCUCGUCUCAAACCAGGCGAAUUUCCUCCUCUUUUAACCAUCCCUCCUCUUUCUCUACCUCACAAACUCACACUCAUCGUCCUUCACGGCCGUGGCUUCAACGCUGAGAAAUUCCACUCUCCGCUACUCGCAUCUCCCUCCCCCGACCCAGGAAAAACAUUCCGCCAAUGGCUUCCCCACGCUCGUUUCGUCUUUCCCACUGCACCUCUCGCCCGAGCAACCAAGUAUCGCCGUUCCCUCAUUCACCAGUGGUAUGAAGGCACCGGUGACUGGGAGCCCGAGGCUCGCGGGAACAUGCGACCUAGCGUUGAACAUAUUCACGGGAUAUUGAGAGGCGAGAUAGACGAGCUGGGUGGCGAUGCAGGGAGGGUGGUGUUGAUGGGGUUUAGUCAGGGCGGUGCUAUGGCAUUGAUGAGUUGGUUGCUUUGGGAAGGACGGAGUCUAGGCGCUGUGGUGAUCAUGAGUGGCUUUAUGCCUCUGGCUGAGAGUUUGAUGAUUGAGGACGAAGAUGAAAACAUGUCUGAUGAUGAACUGUUUGAGAGGGAUGAACAAGAUGCCAGAACGCUGUUACAACGGGCUAUCGAUGAGCUUCGCGAAGAGGCAGAGCUUGAACCUGCACCACCGAUGACUUCCUUCCAUUUCCUGAAAACCCCUGUGUUUAUGGGUCAUGGCCGAAAAGACAAAGAUGUCGAGUAUUCUCACGGCCAAGAGGCAGCUGAGUUUCUGGAGCGAGCAGGAAUAUAUGUUGAGUUGAAGAGUUACCCAGAGUUGGCACAUUGGUACUGUCCUGGAGAACUGGGGGACAUAGCACAGUUCAUAAAUAAACAACAGUUAGGAUUGUAA